GAGCUUUGGGGAGGACGGUGUUUGGUGGAUGAGAGCGGAUCAGAGCUCCCGGACUCACCGCAGCGGGACCACGGAAGGCUGGAGUGCUUUAGUGUGAAGGAUUCUCCAGCAGGGGGCGCAGUGAGAUCUGAUGCAGCUUCUGCGCGGCCGCUCAUCGUCUGUCCUCGCAGCGUCUCUGAGGUGAGGAUCACGCCUCUGAGGAACAUGAAGAGCUCCCCAGACCUGGUGCCCACGGAGUCGGACCCGGACCGUGUCUGUAAGGGGAAGGGCGUCGUGACCCUAAGCACCACGUUAAUGCACAGUGAGGAUGAAGAUCGAGGCCCUCAGGAGCCCGAGGAGAACCGAGCCCAGAGUGAGAGUAAACACUCUGGGAGCUUCAACACUUCCUAUGAAUUCCUCCUCACGGCCGUCAACGGAGGCGCCACAGAGACCCGUCCGACCGAGAACGGAAACGAUUUAAAGGAAGAUCCGACGCGGGUCGAGGUUCCUGAAGGCGCCAGUCCCGAUGAUGGCCCGUUAUCUGCCAGCGCGCCCACCUUGUGCCCACCCAGUGAACCGCAGCAGCCUAGCACAGACUCAGUAGAGACGUGGGACAGCUCGUGUGGGUUCCAUUCUCCUCCCGCUCCACAGAUGGAAGGUAGAAACCUGAUGAUCACAGUCCACCCAGCUUCACCUGUUCACCUGGAGAAGCCCAGAGUCCCUGUACGGAACACAGAAAAGUCCAAGGACUGGUACAGAUCCAUGUUCAGACAGAUCCACAGAGUCCCAGAGCCUGUUGAAGAGAACCCAUACCGCCCCACCUACAUUUUCCCUGAGAGCAGUGAUUUACCAUGCAAAAGCAGCAGAGAUGACUGGCGGAGUGAUUAUGGACAAACCGUUCCCAGGUCUAAAAGUGCGGUGGACAUGAGCAGCUCACAGUCGAGACGAAGGGUUUCGGUUCCAGCCCGGACGUCGUCUCUACGACCUGAACGGAACGAGUGGGAGCCCCCGGACAAGAAGGUGGACACCAGGAAGUACCGGGCCGAGCCCAGGAGCAUCUUCGAGUACGAGCCGGGGAAGUCGUCGGUGCUGAGGACAGAGAGGCCGGACGUAAGCCCAGAGGAAGUAGAUUUAGAGAAUGAACCGUGGUAUAAGUUCUAUUCUGAGAUGGACUUUGGCAGAACGAGCACCCCCUCUUUCAGCCCCUUGGAGACAGCGUCCGACCUGCAGCAGUAUUCGGGAUGUAAACCGAGCCCCAGCGCGGCGGGGAAGGACCCCGGCUCGGUCGGCGCCGAGCACCCGUCCCCGGAGUGCGACCGGCACAUUUACAAGAGCGUCCUGGAGGGCGGAGACAUCCCGCUGCAGGGCCUGCGAGCGCUGAACAAACGCCAUCCCAGCACCUCCUCUAAAGGUGGGAACGGCUGUGUGAUUUCAGCAUGCUCCUCUGUAAACGCUCGCUCAGGUCUCACCACUAACACACUAGGUACUCAGAACAAGUCGAAAAACUCCCUGACCGCCGCCAAAGCCUGCAUUCCCCAGAUCCUUCCCUCCAAGUUCAAGCUCUGCCCCGCCGCCGAUGAGGGCCAGGAGGGCAGGACCGAGGCCGCGGCACGGCCCAAGGCUCACAGCGGUGAGGAUCCUGGCGUCUCGGAAAACGGAGAUUUCACAGACGGGAACGACGAGCAAGUGACGGAGAUUAAAAACGGAGGGGUUAACGGGGCCGCAAGGAGUACGUCCGAAUUUACCGCCCUGUACAGGAACAUGCACCAUAUCGAGAGGCCCAGAUCGCUGGGCUUCAGUCCUAACGCUAGCGUGCGCAGCCUGGCGUCGGCCUUUCAGAAGCCGGGCGAUGGCAUCGCCGCUGAUAGAGGGGUGGAUGUCCCGCGGCACGCCGUGAGCUGUCGGGUGAUGGAGUUCGAGCGCAUCAUCCAGCACUCCAGCACCGCCCCGAGACGCUCCGCUUCCAUGCCCACUCUUCACAGUAGCGCCCCUCAUAGCCCUACCGCCGGUGCCUGUCUGCUCCAGUCGGCUCUGUCGGCGGAGUCUCUGGUGGCCCCGGGGACGGCACAUUCGGUGAACUGUCCACUGCAUGGAGAGGACCGAGCUCCUAAAGAUGGGGGUUCAUUUUCAGAAGCAGAACGAUGUGCAGAUCCAGAUGUGCAGAACCAAAACCGUUCCUCGAGAACAGAACAGACAGACUGUGUGCAGAAUCUCAUCACGGUUACCAGAACACCAACAACAAGACAUCAUCAUGACCACCACCACCACCAUCAUGAACAUCUCCCCUUCCACCAGUUCCACCUUAAACCCAGUAAAUGUAAAGGUUCCUGCCCCGCCUCUUACACCCGCUUCACCACCAUCCUCAGGCACGAGCGCCAGCAAGCCAGCACUUCCAUUCCAGAGAGAAGAUCAGGACCUCCUGCAAACCUGCUCCUGAUGGGUCCGGCGCCGUUCUCCUUACAGAAAACCCUGCACACCCUCCAGGCCAAAAAGACUCUCUCGGCUUCUAAGGGUUUGGCACGAGACGUGGCAGAGGGUCGAGCGGUGUCGUCCAGGCCGAGGCCCGUCAUCCCCCAGCGCCUGUCCUCUCUGGAGGUGCUGGAAAGGCUGGGGAACGGCGAGGGGACCGUCGAAGAUGCCGAAUGCUCGGACGACAAUAGGAACCACUGUGGAGAUUCUGAACUCUCACUGCCGAGCCUCAGCCAUGCGGAUCUCGAUGGGAAUCCAGAAGACGUAACCCGCAGACGCUAUGGAGAUAAAGAGAAAAUCCUGGAGGAGCAGCGGCGUCUGAAGCGGGAGCAGGAGGAGGCGGACAUCGCGUCACGCAGGCACGCCGGCCUCGUGCUAUCUCACCAACAAUUCAUCACCAACGAUCGCUUCGGAGACCUGCUCACCAUCAACGACUCGGACAAGAGGAAGUCCGGCCCAGAGAGGACUCCUGCUCUGGCCCUGUUCAACUUCAAAGCAGAGUCUCUAAAGGAGCUGCCCUUUCAAAAAGGAGACAUCGUGUACAUCCUUCGUCAGGUGGACCAGAACUGGUACGAAGGAGAGCAUCAUGGAAGAGUCGGCAUUUUCCCUCGGAACUACGUUGAGCUCCUACCACCUACAGAAAAAGCCCAGCCGAAGAAGAGCGCCCCGGUUCAGGUGCUGGAGUAUGGAGAGGCCAUGGCACGCUUCAAUUUUAAUGGAGACACCGCAGUCGAAAUGUCAUUCAGAAAGGGGGAGCGCAUCACAUUAAUUCGACGUGUGGAUGAAAACUGGUAUGAGGGCAAAAUUUCUGGCACCAACCGGCAGGGGAUCUUCCCCGUCACUUAUGUGGAGGUUCAUAGGAAACCCCGCGUGAAGAACGGGGUGGAUUAUCCUGAUCCUCCCGUCAGCCAUUCACCACACCGCAGCACAAACGCCUCCCCGCUGCCGGUCCGUCUCAGAACUGCCCCUCUUCCUCUGCCACGCUCACCGUGCCGCUCUGUCUCCCCUGAGGUCCACGCCGUGUCAAACGAGUGGAUUUCCCUCACGGUGGGCGGUUUGAGCUCCAGCCCUCCGGCGGCGCCUACCCCUCCUCUGCCUCCUUUGCCCAGUGCCGGCUAUCGUUUGGGCGAGUACCUGCCGCCGUCCCACUCUGCCAGCCCCGUACCCCUGAUCAGCGGCAGCCCGUACUGCGUCUCCCCCAUGGCCUCGCCGUCCUCCUCGCCCCUGCCUCCUCCACACCCGCCCCGACCCAGCUCUGCCACUCCGUUCCUCACCUUCACCCCUCCGCAAGGGGAGGACUUCCUGCUCUUCCCUCCUUCGCCCCGGCUGUCGCGCAGCCUGAGUCCGUGCGGUGGGGCCGGUUUGGAAGGAUGGUUGAGUGGAGGAGGAAGGCUGGAUGUCGAGCUACAAGAGGGUGACGGGGCAGAGCUAGACAGGGUCAGCGGCACCCGCAAGGCGCCGGGCGACUGGCGCAGUAGUCCAGCAAAGCCACUGAAGAGUGAAAGCGAUUACCACGGGAGAUCCUCCAGAAGUCCGGUCAUGCUGUUCGACAUCCAGGAUAACAACAUGAACGCCAACUCAUUCACGGAGGCGGUGUGUAAUGAGAUCAUGAAUAUCGCAGAGACCUCAGUGAGGUACUGCAGCACUUUGUCGCGCCCCUUAGACUCCGCCCACAGGUUGAUGCCUCACCUCAGUAAACACUCUCUCAUCAUUUCCCAGCAACCCCAGUCCCAAAGCAGCAGCCCCGAACCUGGACGCCUCAGCUGCGGCAUAUUCCAGGCUCUGUACAGCUACGUUCCACAGAAUGACGACGAGCUGGAGCUGCAGGAGGGGGACCUGGUGAACGUCAUGGAGAAAUGCGAUGACGGCUGGUUUGUCGGUACCUCGAAGAGGACGAAACAGUUCGGGACCUUCCCAGGGAACUACGUCAAAGCCGUUAAUCUGUAACGUCUGCAAACGUACAGAUUGGGACACGAUGCUUAUAGUGGCCUGUGUGGGACACCGUUACUAAUAAGCUGGAGUGUUUGAUGGUAUUUUUGUAAUCUGUCAGUAUUGUAUCUCACCCAGGUGAACGUGCAGGUAUGUGAUCAGUCAGGUUCGCAGCAUGUCGGCGGGAAUUAUGUAGUAAUUUUACUACUUUACUAGAAUUUUGCCUCAUGUUAAGACUUUAAAGCUUUAUUUUGUUUACCUUAAAUACUUCUUAAUGUUCAUCACAGACGUAGCAGAACAGUAUUUACUGAAUCACACACCGUACAUGAAACCAGCCUCAAACCCGGGCUUUGAAUGUACGGCGGCUGUGCAGCGGGGUGUACAGGGUCAGAGUGUAGAGUAGCUAAAGGGCACUUACGGGGUUUAAUAGCAUUUUAAGGGGGAAAAUUAACACAGAUUUGCAUAAAAACAAAAGCAUAUAAGGGUUUUCUUUUUUUUUUUACAAAAAUGCACCCCAUGCUAUUUUUGGCAUCUGUCAACCCUAACAGCAUUGCUGUUGUACUAAGCACCUCAUAUUUUAUUCAGAGAAUAAAAGUUGGGAAAACCGCUUCUUUUCACCUGCACCAGACGGUUUCAUAUGAGGAGCUGUAUCGCACUGAUCUCCAUUAUCCCCCGUCUCUGUAUAACUACAGCAGUGAUGAGGAAUCUUCUCUGGCUUUUCCUCCAUCAGACGAGUCGAUCGUUGUCCGUACAGUCGCCCGACCGGCUGGUAGCAGAGCUGAGAUUCGAACUCACAACUCUGAGAUGUCCUGGCACCUUCCCUUUAGGUGUUAUUAACAUACAUGAAUGUCUUUGCGUGACCCUGCGUGUCCUCUGUAGUUUAUCGUGUGACUAGAACAAUCGGUGCCUUAAAUCUCAGACAUUUAUUUAUUUAUUUGUUCAUUAAUUCACACCCUGCAAAGGGCACCUGUCCACCAGAGGGCGACACACUCGUCCAUUCACAAGCCGUGUUACCCUGACAGACCGGAGGUGAGAAUCCAACCCAGGUCCGAGGGACUCAUGGUACCACACCAGUAUUAAAUAACACAGUCAUUUUUCUGACUGAGCGUCAUCUCCUGUUGGUUCCCUCAGAAUUGUUGGUGUUCAGAAGCCGAGUGAAGCUUUUAUUAUCGCGUGUUGAUAAGAAAUCGAUGGCACAAGCACGUUUUGUCAAAUGCUAAAUGUUAGAAUUAGAAUGUUUUAAACAGAUCUGUGUCCUGCUGUGCAGUUUUAUUAAUAUCUAUUUAAACUGAUCUAUAUGACCUGGUCAGACUUUCCAAAUUCUGCCGAAUUAUCAACAUCAGCCGAAUGUUAGAAGAGUUAAAACGAGGCGGAUUAUCGUUUAUGUGCCACACCCAGGCUGUUCCUGCCCUCACCAUCUAUUUUAAGUGAAUAUCUAGUGAGAUAUAAGAACCGUGUCAAUGUUUUGUUAAUGACUGGGUCACGUUACACAGAUACAAAUUCUUUUACUUUCUUAGUAGAUCAGCACAGUAAUGGAAGAUUAGAGAAGCACUUCGUCAUGGAUCUGAUGUUGCGCUUUAUUUGUGCAGCUAGGAAAUGUCUCAAAAGUCUCAAAGCUAAAUAGCGUGCAUUUGUAUCACGUAGAUCCUGAUAAGCGGCUGUAAACGUGCUGCUGGGGUUCCUGAAGGUUUAUAGAUCUUAUAGAUCUCACAUCUCCGUCUGCGUCGAUAGGUAGUAUCAUUUGAACAGAAAUACAGAAUUAAAUGACUAUUUUAGAACAGCCAUAAAUAAAUAGGAAGGUCAUGUCGUCUAUAUUCUUGUAAUAUUUUACCUUUAUUUUGUGAUGUCAUAAUUCUAGCAUUAGGAACAGUGAUCAGAUCUCCUCACUGCACUUCUGCCGAUCACCCUGAAACAUGCUUGUGUUUAUCUAACAAGGAAUAUUAAUCAUGAUCAGUACCGGCUAUAUCAAACCUAAAACACGUGUUAGUUGUGUUGAAAAAUCUCUGAAGUGAUAUUUAUAUGAAUAAGCUACAUUUAGAUUGUUGCUGUUCUCCACAGUAUCAUGUGGACACUAAACAAACCAGAUAUUAAUAAUAAUUCAGAUAUAAGAUAUAAUAAUGACGUUCUAUCUGCUCUAACUGUUGCAUUUCUGCUGUGAUUUAGAUGAAAUAGGUAGAGAAGUGAUGGAUAAACUAGAACUGAAGACGUUUAGAGUACGAUGCAUGAAUCUCUGCAGUGUCGCACCUUGAAAACGACGGCGUGUUAAAUUAAGCUGGUAAAGAUCGACCACUUCUGCUGAUCAUACAUACAAUCAUGUGCUGCACACGUGCAUUAGAGAACCGACUAAAAUGUAUUAAUUUCUGGCUUUUUUAAACAAUAAUAAACAUUUAAACACAAUCCAAGAGCAUUUAUAUAGUAGGGCUGUGUCUCAGUGACCAUAAUUCUGCUUGUGAGAAGAUGAUCCAUUAUAUUCUCAUAAUUAUUCACAUUAAAUGUCUUUAUUAUCACCACGUUUGACUGUUUAAAUUGUGAUCAAAACAAAAUAGGCUACUACAGAACAAGCAAACUGUUUAUAUUGGUCAGUGAUAUCUCAGCGGUUUAUGCCUGGUUCACACUACAUGAUUUUUGUCCUGAUUUUUGCUCGGCGACUGGUCAGCGCUAGAUUUACCGGCUCGGGAGCAACUCAGCGUUCGCUCGGCGAUCGAAACUCGGCUCUCAAUCUCUACGUGUGUACUACAACUACAUAACAACUCGAUCCAAGCAGAAGACAGAUUUCUAGCAUGUCAGAUAUCUGGAUCUGAGUUGCCCGACUGGCAAUGAGUGCUGCUGUGUCGAACAGUGUACAGGAUGUCGAACAGAAGUGUAAACAGGUGGUACAGGGGUGUAAUAUAGUUUAUAUCAGAAUACAUCAGCACACACACUCAAGUUUUACAGCAUUUCUGACCUUAUCGUUCUCUACAUAACACCCACGCUGCAUUGCAAGCAAUAUUUAUUAACCUCCAACUCACUACAGACGCCACCUGCUGUUCGCGUUGCCAAAUCCACUCAGAUUCAUUUAUUUUUCCUCCUUGAUUUUACGCUGCACAUCAGCACACAAACUUUGAUCACUCGCUGCUUGUUGACGUGUAUUUUUGGACGUGGUGUCAUUAAACCCCUCGUCACUUCUCAUGUUUGUUUUCAUGACACAACGUAGUUUGGGAGAGCAGAGAAGCUCGCCUGCGAUUCCAGUUGGUGAUAGAUGGUGUAGUGUGUGACCCCCCAUCACCCAUCAGUCGUGUUGUGUGAAAUACACACCGACCUGAAAGACUCCCGAUUACAAGAGAUCCAGUCGUGUAGUGAGAACUGUACAGUGACCUGAUGACUCGGAAAGUCGUGUAGUGUGAACUUGGCAUAAGGAACUGGACUAGUAAUCAUAAGAUUGCAGGUACAAGCCCCACCGUCACCCCUGAGCAAGGCCCUUAACCUUCAAUUGCUUGACUUGUUUUUAGCAAGUGUAUAAGUAUAAGUCGCUUUGGAUAAAAGUAACUGCUGAAUGCUGCAGAUGUAAAUAUUGACUCUCAGCUAUUUCAGAUGGAACAUAAACACAUUUACACACUGACCAGAAUAUGAAACAAUACAAAAACUAGGUGUAAAUAGGACCGUAGGAGUUCCGUUUCAGCUCAAGCUUCUUUAGCAAGAUGUGACUGAAGUAGACGUUCACGUUCAUCCUAAGCUACAUCACUUCUAUAAAGUUGCACCUAGAAGUGUUUCCUACUGGCUCAAACAGUCGCUUUUCUUAAAUAUUCCAUUACGAUUUAAAAGUGGCCACCGUAGCACCACAGUUCCCAAUAGUUCAUGACUAUGUGAUCACAAUGUACACACAUCUGGUGGAAGCUUGGACAAUCAGUGCUUCUGUGUUUUGAUUGAAAGCCUUAAUGUCAUUUGUUCACAUAAACGUCCUGACAUCGUUACCAAAGGCUCAUUUUAUUGCAUUCGUGAUUCGGUGACCCACAGUCGUCAUUCCCUAGCAGCUAUAAUAAUGUGAGGGACUUCAUCUUGUCUAUCCAGUUGGUAAAACCAGUAGCCAAUGGUAGCACAGGAACACAAGAAUGGCCGCACCUUAUCUUAUACAUUAGAGGUGAUCUUAGUAAGUACUUGUGUGGUUAUUGUGAUUCAUUCAGAUCAUAAUCAUGACAGCCCUACUAUAUAACCAGACCGUAUCACAUUAUAUACAUCUAACAUGGCUUUAAUUCCAUUGGCAUGUGAUAUCAUGCACCAUCUUAACAUUUCUAAACCCAGUGUGUUGAGAAUCCAGCGCUUUGGACCUGAGUGAAGAUUAGAAUCGUACUGAAACUGUAAAUAUGUAAAGUAUAUUGAGCGAGUGUUUGAAUCACGGCUUCUGUAUGAAUACAGGAGAGGUUUUAGGAAAGCACAGUGAGCUGCUCUGCACAGGCGCUCUAGACUAAAUGAAUGAAUGAAUGAAUGAAUGAGGGUUAUCUGACACUGUGUUAGGAUCCAGAUGCCUUUCGUCUCACAGCUUUGUUUAACUGCCUCAUUUUGCUUUCGUUUAUAAACUGCUCAGCACGAGUGUACGUCAGGAGACGAUGAGGUGAAUCCUGAGCGUAACCAGCAGAGUCGUUAAUAAAGCGUGUGAGAUGAUUUACUUUAGUGCAUAACGAGGACGCAUCUUCCAUGUGAUCUUUUAUAUGCGCAGACUCACGUUGCUGUUGCUGUUUUUCUUUUCUCUCUUUGCGGUGCAUUUGCAGUUAGAAUGUGGGAUUUCAACACUAUUUACUGCUGUGAUUUCAUUAUUAUGUCAUAUUUAAUAAACUCUAUUACAGCUUUUGGCUGAUC